UUGGGGCUUUAUCUGACUCUCUGUAGUAAUCCUAGCAAGAGGCAGAGGGAGCGAGCGGGCGCGCCCGCCUGGGUAGAAGAGCAGAGCGAGGCGAGCGAGCCGAGUCGCGCUCCGGGCGCCCGGGGAAGGGAGAUCCGGAGUGAAAGGGUGCUUCGCCUCCGGCCCACCCCACCCUGCCCGCCGCCCCCUGCCAGCAGUGCGCAACCCCCCGCCGCACCCGCGAAACUUUGCCGGUUGCGGCGGGCGGACACUGUUCCCUGGAACUUACAACACCCGAGCGAGAACGCGACUCUCCGGUCCGCCUAUUUGGGGAAACACUUCUCCCCUACGCUGCCCGGGACCCGCUCCUCUUAAAGGGCGCUCCUCGCCGCUUUUCGGACGCUGGAUUUCCUUCGGAUAGUGGAAAACCCGGCUGCCGCGAUGCCCCUCAACGUCAGCUUCGCCAACAGGAACUAUGACCUCGACUACGACUCGGUGCAGCCCUAUUUCUACUGCGACGAGGAGGAGAACUUCUAUCAGCAGCAGCAGCAGAGCGAGCUGCAGCCGCCGGCGCCCAGCGAGGAUAUCUGGAAGAAAUUCGAGCUGCUGCCCACCCCGCCGCUGUCCCCGAGCCGCCGCUCGGGGCUCUGCUCGCCCUCCUACGUCGCCUUCGCGUCCUUCUCCCCCCGGGGGGACGACGACGGCGGCGGCGGCAGCUUUUCCACGGCCGACCAGUUGGAGAUGGUGACCGAGCUGCUGGGAGGAGACAUGGUGAAUCAGAGCUUCAUCUGCGACCCGGACGACGAGACCUUCAUCAAAAACAUCAUCAUCCAGGACUGCAUGUGGAGCGGCUUCUCGGCCGCCGCCAAGCUCGUCUCGGAGAAGCUGGCCUCCUACCAGGCUGCGCGCAAAGACAGCGGCAGCCCGAGCCCCGCCCGCGGACCCGGCGGCUGCCCCACCUCCAGCUUGUACCUGCAGGACCUGAGCGCCGCCGCCUCCGAGUGCAUCGACCCCUCCGUGGUCUUCCCCUACCCGCUCAACGACAGCAGCUCGCCCAAGCCCUGCGCCUCCCCCGACUCCGCCGCCUUCUCUCCGUCCUCGGACUCUCUGCUCUCCUCGGCGGAGUCCUCCCCGCGGGCCAGCCCCGAGCCCCUGGCGCUCCACGAGGAGACACCGCCCACCACCAGCAGCGACUCUGAGGAAGAACAAGAGGAAGAAGAAGAAAUUGAUGUCGUUUCUGUGGAGAAAAGGCAGCCCCCUGCCAAAAGGUCGGAAUCGGGGUCACCCUCUGCCGGAGGCCACAGCAAACCUCCUCACAGCCCGCUGGUCCUUAAGAGAUGCCACGUGCCCACCCAUCAGCACAAUUACGCAGCGCCCCCCUCCACUAGGAAGGACUACCCAGCCGCCAAGAGGGCUAAGUUGGACAGUGGCAGAGUCCUGAAACAGAUCAGCAACAACCGCAAAUGUAUCAGCCCCAGGUCUUCGGACACGGAGGAGAACGACAAGAGGCGGACGCACAACGUCUUGGAACGCCAGAGGAGAAACGAGCUGAAACGGAGCUUUUUUGCCCUGCGCGACCAGAUCCCAGAGUUGGAAAACAACGAAAAGGCCCCCAAGGUGGUUAUCCUUAAAAAAGCCACCGCGUACAUCCUGUCCGUCCAAGCAGGGGAGCAAAAGCUCAUUUCGGAAAAGGACCUGUUGAGGAAGCGACGAGAACAGUUGAAACACAAACUUGAACAGCUAAGGAACUCUUGUGCAUAAGUCCACCUAUUAGAGGGAGGAACUGGAGUUGCUCGUGAAUUCUCACUUGUUACUAAGGGAAAGUAAGGAAAAAGCUUCCUUCUCACAGAACUGUAGCAACUCCUCAUAUCUGAACUUGUUUCAAAUGCAUGGUCAAGUGCAACCUCACAACCUUGGCUGGGUCUUAGGAUUGAAAGGUUUAGCCAUAAUGUAAACUGCCUCAAAUGGAAUUUUGGGCAUAAAAGAACAUUUUUUUAUGCUUGCCAUCUUUUUGUUUGUUUGUUUUCCUUUAACAGAUUUGUAUUUAAGAAUUGUUUUUAAAAAAUGUGUCAAGUUUACCCCGUUUUCCUGUGUAAAUAUGGCCAUUAAAUGUAAAUAACUUUAAUAAAACGUUUAUAGCAGUUAUACAAGAAUUCAAACCAUGUAUUAUAAACCAUAAUUUUUUUUAUUUAAGUACAUUUUCCUUUUUAAAGUUGAUUUUUUCUAUUGUUUUUAGAAAAAAUAAAAUACGUGGCAAAUAUAUAAUUGAGCCAAAUCUUAA